UCCCAGGCGCACAGGACUGUCGGUUGGCGAGCGCUUUCCCCACUCCCAUUCAGGCUGAGAUGGCUGCACCUGUGCCAGCGCUGCGGCCAGUCACCCACAUCAUCUUUGACAUGGAUGGCCUGCUUUUGGAUACUGAACGGAUACGUUCAGGGGUGUUGGAAGAAAUAUGUGGUCGUUAUGAGAAGAAGUACACCUGGGAUGUCAAGUCCCUGGUUCUGGGUAAAAAGUCGUUAGAGGCUGCUGAGAUCAUGGUUGAAAUCCUGAAGCUCCCGAUGUCCAAAGAGGAGCUGGUGGAGGAGAGCCAAACGAAGUUAAGGGAUCUGUUCCCAGCAGCUGAGAUCAUGCCUGGCGCGGAAAAACUGAUCCACCACCUGCUGAAGCACAACAUACCCAUCGCCGUGGGCACGAGCUCAGAGUCUGCGUCCUUCGAAAUGAAAACGAGAAGACACAAGGAAUUCUUCCGUUUGUUUAACCACAUCGUGUUGGGAGAUGAUGUGAAGAAUGGCAAACCAGACCCUGAAAUAUUUCUCACCUGUGCCAGGAGGUUCCUUCCUCCUCCAGCCCCUGAAAAGUGCCUCGUCUUUGAAGAUGCUCCCAAUGGGGUGGAGGCGGCCCUGGCGGCUGGGAUGCAGGUGGUCAUGGUACCGGAUGAAAACCUGAGCCCAGACUUGACGAGAAAGGCCACUCUGGUGCUCAGGUCCCUGCAGGACUUCCAGCCUGAGCUGUUUGGUUUGCCUGCCUACGAGUAAGAGGGAGGUUUCUCUGUAUUCCUUUGGGCAUCCUGGCACCUGGAGCCUACUGCUGAGGGAAAGGUUGAAUGAAACCAACAGCUUCCUGAUUAUGAUCUGCAUCUUCAGUGUACCCUUGUGAAGUGAGACUUUCCAUAUCCUGUGUUGGCUUGACUGACUCCCGGGUGUUGAUGACUGUCCACUUGAUACUUAGUAGAAUAGUAGAAGACAAAUAGAGCCAGUCCAGAACACAGGCCUUGCUUUACUAUCUCAAUAAUGAACCAGAUUAAGAAUACAAUAAAGGGAUCAAUGGCAGCUAGAAAAUACAAACCAUGUGUGCAUACAUGUAUAUACUUUUAUAUGUGUACAUAUGUAUAUUCACUCUUUCAUGUUGAUUUAACAUACAAUAUCAACUGAUAAGUAAAUCUCUGCUUUGCAACCUGAAUAGAAAAGACUUUUUAAUUGGUGAGCCUUAAGAAACAAUCUUUCCAAUUAGCCAAUUAAGAAUUAUUUUUGAGCCUUCAAAUAAUCUCUUUGGAAGUUUACUCAGUAACUCACUUUGUACCAAUGAAUCAACAGUUUCUUUGUAGUAUCUAUGUGUCUACAGAAUACAUGUUAUAUCUGUUUCCUAAUUCACAUUGAAGGAUGUUUUCUACCUCAGAAAAAAUCAUUUCUGUCCUCUAAGAGCAUUGAUUUUCUGCAUAUCUUUGAUGGAGAUAGAG